CAGCCUUACGCUAAGCCACGGGACAGUGUGCCGACAUGCUUGAAGCCCCACGCCACCCGACGCCUAUGGUCUAACGGUGUUAUCCACAUGCAAAAACCCGCUCCAUUGGUCUACUUUCCAAUAUAGAUGGAUGAAAAACCUAAAAUGGAAAUCCCACAUGUACCAAGCGUCUAAUUUCAAACCUUUCUUCAACCCCAGCAACCCCAGCAGCUCAUAAUCAACAACUGUAUACAAUCUCGUAGCAACAUCCAAUUCAACCAACAAUCAUCAUAACCGCAGUAGAUCAUGUCUAUCAGAUUCAAAUUCAGAAGCUCUGUCAACUUUGAUUCAAUCGAAAUCGACGGUGGUAAACCCUACAUCUCAGUUUUCGACCUCAGAUCUAAAAUCCUACAACAAAAGAAGAUCAACGCCGUGUGCCACAAAGACUUUGAUCUCGUCUUCUUAGAUCACGUCACCGGUCAAGAGUAUAAUGAUGAUGAAUUCAAGAUACCUAGUGGUUCCAGUGUGAUCAUAAAGCGAGUUCCAGCAGAACCUGUUUUAAGACAUCAUAAGCCUAAAGCAAGUGAGCUUCGUGAGGAUGUUCCAAAAGGUAUGGAUCACAAUAAACCAGAAGAAAUAGUUCUAGAGAAUAACCUUGCACCUGAAGACCGUGAACACAUAAAAUUGGAAAAAGUGGCGGAUGCAAAGAGUAUUGAUUGGCAAAAAGUUGACCUACCAUCGGAACUAAGAUGCCCUAUUUGCGUCACAUAUUUCAAGGAGGCUGUUAUGAUACCGUGUUGUCAGCACAGCUUUUGUAAAAAAUGCAUUUGUGAAGUACUGCCAGUUACUUCAAGGUGCCCGAAAUGUUCUUCUACCAAGUACAGAGUGGAGCACUUGCUACCAAAUUUAUCUCUUAGGCACGCCAUUGAGCAUUUUAUCGAAUCUCAGAUACUCGCCACUGCUCCAGAAUCUGAUUUACAGAAAUACGUCCCAGAUGAAGAAUCCGGUAUUCAAGGGAAGGAGAUUUCCCCCGUCACUAAACGGAAACUAGAUAUGCUUUGUUCUACGUCUGCAAUGGAUAAAGGAUCAAAUCAGAAUAUGGCAGAUUCUGUUCAUGAGUCACUAAUGAGGAAAAUCUUGGAGGGAACAGGAUUCCAUGCUGACUCUCAAGGUGAAAACCAGCCUGUUCUGCCUCAAGUCUGUAUGCAUGAUGAAGCCGAUUCCACCAGUAGGAAAAGGGGACCGUUCGUUAGUUCUGGAGGUGGAGAUCGAAAUUAUGCAGUUGAGAAUAGAAACAAAAAGUCGGGCCGUACGUGUUACAAGUGUGGAUCUCCAGGACAUUUUAUAAGAGACUGCCCUAUAGCUUCUAUUGAACACCCAAUGUUACAUACAGCUGAUAUAGGAGACCAUAUGUUUCAAGGAGGCAUGUCGGGGUAUGCAAUGCCCUACUGGAACGCUGCCGCCUUCCCUUAUGUCAACCCGUACAUGUAUAUGUACGGAAGUUACCCUGGGAUGGUGCCUUUUAAUUCCACAAUGGCCCCCGUUACGCCUUACGGAGUUCCACCUUAUGUUCCGUCUACUUAUGGCAGCUUACAUGUUCCUAGUGGAGUUACAAGGACGAGAGGCAUGGCGCCAGUAGGAUCCCGAGCAGAACAACCCUUCAGAUAUUCAGAGAAUUUUGAGCGUGAAAACAGUGAUAGCCGAGUAAAAUGUUCUCAUGAAAGAAGACAACGGUCUUCUGAUUAUGAAGAUAACGGCAUCCAGAACCGCCAUGACUACCACGAGCCAGACCGAUCAUCAGAUUAUAAAUCCCAUAGAGACAGGGGAACAGUCCCGAGCAAUUCUGAAGGAAGCCAUGGACGGAAGUCGCUAAAGGAUCAUCAAAAGAUGAAAUCUGGUCACACAAGAUAUGAAAAACGUUCUCAUGGGUCUAAUCAUACGGAUAGAUCGGUUUCAGGAAUAGAGGAUGUGUAUAGCGGUAAUAAUAGGUCCGAUGAAGCGAGGCAUAAAAAGUACCACCAUGAAAGUUCUAGAAGGCAUCAUAGUAGCAGGGAGCAGUCAGACAGUGAUUGUAGCUAUAGCCGUCAUCAAAUAAAAAAAGAAAAUUACGUUAAAACAAGACAGAUGGAGGACAGAAAGAAGAUGAUGACUGAUUCCGAUGAUGACUAUCGUCACAAUAAGAGGAAAAGAGUGCACUAGAACAGCAAAAUGGUAAAUAUAUUUGUAUCAACUUGGUUUUGGUAAGUAGCUAUUACGGUCUAUAGUAUUAUAUACAACUAUAUAAACAACUAGUUGUGUCGACACAUAUAACUAUCUAGACAGGAGGAGCGUUUUGGUUCAAGGUUGUUAGUAUCUGUUUUUAAUCA